AUGGGACAGUCUUCUUCUACACAAGCGGAGUUCAAGAACGAGAGCUUCUUAGCUAAGCCCAGUGGUGCUUGCUGUCUCAAAGGCACAAUUCAUGAGGGCGAGUCUAGAGGCACAUGGGAGACGAUUGCAGAUGUCGAAACCUACAUAACAAGACCCCCAGAAGGAAAGGCAAAUGGGAAUAUACUUCUAUACUUUCCAGAUGUAUGGGGCAUGUUCCCAAAUGGCCUCUUGGUCAUGGACGCCUUUGCCGAUGCAGGCUAUCUCGUUCUCGGUCUGGACUACUUUCGCGGAGACCCAGUCUGGAAGCAUCGCAAGGACCGCCAUGACAACAGGAAUCCAGAUUUUGACUACGAGGCGUGGAAGCGCAAGCACACAACGUUUGCCGACAUAGCGGUCCCUAAAUGGGUCAACGCCGUCAAGAAGAGCUACGGAACAAGUACAUCCAAGUUUGCUUGCGUUGGCUACUGCUUCGGUGCCCCGUAUGUCUGUAACGAGCUCAAGGGUGACACCGUGACAGUCGGUGCUUUUGCUCACCCAGCGUUUCUCAAGGAACAUCAUUUCCAAGAUCUGAAAAAACCUCUAUUUCUCUCAUGCUCUGAAAUUGAUCACACAUUCGACGUCCCAUCUAGACGUCGCGCACUGGAUAUCUUGCAAACCAACAAAAAGAUAUUUCAUUACCAGGUAUUCUCUGGCGUUGAACAUGGAUUCGCUUUGAGAGGUGAUCAGAAUGACCCUUAUCAAAGAUGGGUCAAGGAGCAGAGUCUUGUGGGUAUAGUGUCGUGGUUCGAUUAUUGGCUAUCACAAUGA